AUGCCCUUUGUAGCUGCGAAUGUGGGUGCACUUGGGACCCACGACUGCGAGCAGGUCUGUGUGAGCCACGGCAGAUCCCACCUUUGUGAUUGCUAUGAAGGCUACACUCUCAAUCCAGAUAGGAGAACCUGCUCAGCUGUGGACAUGUGUGCACCUGGAAGGCACGAGUGUGACCAGGUCUGUGUGAGUAACAACGGAUCCUACGUCUGUGACUGCUAUGAAGGAUACACUCUGAAUCCAGAUAAGAAGACUUGCUCAGCCAUGGACAUGUGUGCACCUGGAAGGCAUGAUUGUGCACAAGUCUGUCUGAGUAAUGAUGGAUCCUACAGCUGUGACUGCUAUGAAGGAUACGCUCUGAAUCCAGAUAAGAAGACUUGCUCAGCUGUCGACAUGUGUGCACCUGGGAGGCACGACUGUGAGCAGGUCUGUGUGAGAGAUGAUCUGUUCUAUACCUGUGACUGCUACCAAGGCUACACCCUGAAUCCAGACAAGAAGACUUGCUCAAGAACUGAUGUAUGUGCACCAGGAACCCAUGACUGUGAGCAGGUCUGCGUGAGGAAUGGUGGAUCGUAUACCUGUGACUGCUAUGAAGGCUUCACCUUAAAUCCAGAUAAGAAAACAUGCUCAAGAGCCAUAACGAGCAGUCUCGUAACAACUGAAGAAUCCUGUAAGUGUGAAGCCAUAGCUGCCCUGCAGGACUCGGUCACCUCACGUCUUGAAGCUCUGUCCACAAAAUUAGAUGAAGUGUCUGAGAAGCUGCAGGCAUAUCAAGGCAGACAGCAGGUUGUCUGA